AUGACAAAUGAUAAUCCUACUAUCACGCCUUCCUCCUCAUCUACUGUGUCUCGCACUGUGUUUCAUGAGGAUGAUUUUACACAUCCCUGUCAUCCCCUAUAUGUGCAUCCAUCAGACGUCCUAGGAGCUUAUUUGGUUUCUAGUCCAUUUGAUGGCACCUGCUACGACAGCUGGAGGAGAAAUAUUUUGGUUGCUCUUUCUAUUCGAAAUAAACUCGAUUUUAUUAGCGAUUCUUCUACAAAGCCGCCUGUUGGAUCUCCUCUGGCUCGCCAAUGGCAACGAUAUAUCAGUGUAGAAUAUUCUGAAUCUGCCAAGGAAAUUUGGUGUGAAUUGGAAGAGAGAUAUGGUAAAGCUGAUGGGGCUAGAGUCUUUGAGCUAAAGAAAGAAUUAGCUCACAUUUCCCAAGGAUCUUUAGACAUAGCCUUGUAUUUUAACAAAAUUAAACAACUCUGGGAUGAGAUUGCGUCCUACACGACCAGAGUUUGUACUUGUGGAGGAAAAGCUGCUGAGGAUGAAGAGCAAAAGGUUUAUCAGUUCCUUAUGGGUCUGAAUGAUACCUAUGUGCAGACUCGCAGCAACAUUUUAAUGAUGAAACCACUUCCGUCUGUUGGAAAUGUGUACAGCAUUAUCUUGUCUGAUGAAAAACAGAGACAAGUGUCUUCUGCCUCUCAGUUUUCAUCUCAAUCUGCUUCCUUUCAUGCUGGGACUUCUAAGCCCUCAUUCCCCUCUAAGGUUUCUUUUGAUGGGACCAGGAAUUCUCUUAUUUGCAAGUACUGCAAAAUACCUGGUCACUCAAUAGAUAAAUGCUAUAAGCUGCAUGGAUAUCCUUCUCAUUUUAAGUUCAAUAAAGGACCUCCUCCUCGCAGAUCUGCUGCACAUGUUGAGCUUGACUCUCCUGGUGCUAAUUCUCUGCCUGGUAGUUCUGCUGGUCCAACUGAACAUGAAGACUCUUCUGUUAUACCUGGCCUCACCAAGGAUCAAUACUCCCAGCUGAUGACCUUAUUGCAACAAUCCCAAAUUUCUGCUUCCUCACACUCUCCGCCUCUUUUGGCUUCUGCUAACUUUGCUGGUAAGCUCAUGCCUUAUGAGGGUGUUUCUUAUAGAGCUUGUAUGUUAUCUAGUGUGAAUGGCAUUGUUUGGAUAAUAGACUCCGGAGCUACUGAUCAUAUGACUUCUAUUAAAAGCCUACUUUUUGACAUAAUCACUCUUCCCAUUCCCUAUCUUGUGCCUCUCCCAAACGGGUACAAAGUUAAAGUAACCAAUGUUGGGUCUUUAGCUUUGUUCCCUGAUUUAAUCCUUCAUAAUGUCCUUUACAUUCCCAGUUUCAAACAUAAUCUCAUAUCUGUUCAUAAACUUUUAAAUCACUGUAAUGAUGUUGUUCAGUUUACCAAGUCUGCUUGCACAUUCCAGGGCCCUUCAGUGAAGAAGCCAGUGGUGCUUGGUAGGCUGGACACUGGACUUUACAAGCUAUUUCAGCAUGUGACCUCACCCAUUGAGUCUGCUCAUGUGAACACUUGUUCUUCAGUUGUUUCUUCUUUACAUGUUUCCUCUUUACCUGUACUUUCUACUACUGAUGCUGAUGUGAAUCACAAUUCAUCUGUAAAUACCAUAGUGACUUCAAAUAAAGUGAAUAACUCUGAUGUUGUUUGGCAUUAUAGACUUGGGCAUAUACCAUUUUCCAAGAUGAAAUUUAUUUCUGGUGUUAAUUGUGACUUGUCCUCCAAACAGUCCUUCACUUGCCCUAUUUGUCCAUUAGCAAGACAAACUAGACUUCCCUUUCCUGACAGUUCCAUUCAAUCUUCUCAUUCCUUUCAACUUAUUCACAUAGAUACUUGGGGUCCUUAUUCUACUCCUACUCACUCUGGUGCUAGCCCUAUACCUACUCCUACUUCUGAUCCUUCUUCCCCUUAUAUACCUUCUGUUUCAACACCUUCUCCAUCCACCUCUAUCCCUAUCCUUUCUUCUUCUGUUCUACCUCCAACUUUUCCUUCUGAUAUUUCAGCUUCUACUCUACCCUCUCCUGUUCCUGUUUCUUCUGUUCCAUCUUCUACUCCUCCUCCUCUUAGGAGCUCUGAGUCUUUAUCAUUCAAUGCAACCACUUCACAGCUCCACAUCCCUGAGCCUUACACUUACUCACAGGCUGCUGCUGUCCAUGAGUGGCAGGAGGCCAUGAGGCAGGAGUUUAAGGAUUUGGAGGCAAAUAGAACUUGGGAUAUUGUUGAGUUACCCCCUGGUAAAAAGCCUAUAGGUUGUAAAUGGGUAUAUAAAGUGAAAUAUAAGGCUGAUGGGACUCUAGAGAGGUAUAAGGCCAGGUUAGUAGUUAGAGGUGAUACUCAGGUUGAAGGGGUGGAUUUUCAUGAAACCUUUUCCCCUGUUGUCAAAAUGUCUACUGUGAAAACAUUGAUUGCUGUUGCUGUAGAACAGCACUGGCCCUUGUUCCAACUUGAUGUCAAUAAUGCAUUCUUGCAUGGGGAUCUUGAUGAAGAGGUUUUCAUGAAAAUACCUACUGGUUUGUCUGUUUCUCCCUCUUCAUCUACUUCUCCUCCUUUGGCUUGUAAACUACUUAAAUCCCUCUAUGGUUUGAGAUAG